AUGGCGACGGCGCCCCCUGGACAGGCGAUGUCCAAGGACCCUAAGACUCAGUUGAAUCACUUCUGCCAGAGGUACUGCCAGCGACCUGUAACGAAGAGUGAUAUAUCCUACACCACCAACAAGUUUGGAAAUCAGUACCAAGCGAUCGUUAAGCUCGAUUGCAUUCAGGGCCAGGAGUAUGCUGGACAUCUCUGCAUCAAUCAAAAAGAUGCAGAAAAGUCCGCUGCGGAGCAGGCUGUCAUGGCUUUCUCGUCACAGAUGGCUGUGUUGAAGCCGCCCGUGCAGAGGGACAAGAAGAGGAAGCCCCGAACUCCAGAAGAGAUUGCUGAGCGCAAGGCCAAGCAAGAAGCUGAGGGCAAUCCAGCAAUCACUCCAAAAACGCUGUUGAACGCCUUGGUCAUGAAAAUCGCGAAGCGCUAUCUCCAGAAGGGCGAGACGGUAUACGAGACGAAGACCUACAACGGCGGUGGGCAUCAGGCCACAGUCAAGCUUUCUGCGCUGCCGGGGGAGUGGAGCGAGCGAAUGUGGGCCGGACAUGUCUGCACUACGAAGCAGAAGGCAGAGCAAAGUGCUGCAGAGAUUGCGCUGGAAUCGAUCAAGCAGGACAAGGAACUCAUGGAAGAAGCUGACAAGCCGAAAGGCUUCGGCAAAGGCGGCAAGGGCAAGGGCAAAGGCUUUAUGUGGGAUCCCUGGCAGUGGGGAUGGAUGUGGGGCAUGCCCUCGAGCGAACUUCCGCGCAAAGAUGUUCUCACGGAGUCCAUCACUGGUGAAGUCAUUGAAUGGAAGGAGUCGCACGGCUGGAUUAAGGCAGACGUCGAACUCGACCACAAGGCUGCAUCUCGUCGCGAGGGCAAGAUAUUUGUGGGGAAGUCCGACGCUCCGGAGGAUGGACUGGUAGCUGGUGCAAAGGUGAGCUUCACGGUGUAUGAGGACCCGCGUGGCCUUGGAGCGAAAGACUUGAAAGUCCUUUGUUCUGAAUAUCCAAGUGCUUCGUUCUGGAUCUGUGCCAUGCCUCUCCGAUGGCCAUUUUGCCCAGCGUUCAUAGGCUGGGUGCUUCGGUGCUUCCUGAGGGAAGACUUCACUGUAUCUUUCCGUGUCGUUGUUUGGAAUGUUGCACUGUACAUGGGGAGAUGCGUUGGAGAUCGAUUUGCUACUACGGUGAAGUUGGAGCUGACGGGUCGAGGCUACAACUCAGUGGAGUCAAGUCAGAUGUCUUUAAGCGAUUAUGAUGCAGAUCCAUUGGUUCGAGCAAAGAUCAAGAGCGACCAAAUACCGUUAUGUGCCAACAAUAUCCGCAGAGCGUUCAUGGCCGAGGCAGUGCGCAGCCGCAGGCAAUGUGAGGAUAGAGCUCGAAGUGCAGUGUCCAGCAUGAGUUCCAAAAGAGGAAGAUCGCCUCAGCUGUGCGACGGGAGCGCUGAUGCCGAGAAGGAUGGAGGAGACAAGAAAGAAGCCAAGAAGUUGAAGAAAAUCAAAAAGAAAGCAAAGAAGGAGGCAAAAAAAGCCAAGAAAGCUGCAAAGAAGCUGAAGAAAAUGCAGAAGCUCGUUCAAAAGAAGAAGGACGGCAAAAGCAGCAAAGGAAUCAAGAGCGAUUCAAGCAGUGAUUCCUCAAGCUCAAGCAGCCUUCCAUUCGUGAUGGACAUGGACUUUUCGUCGUCUGGCAAGGAACUUGAUCCCCGAAAUCCAGAUUCCAGGAUCCAGCGAGCCCUAGGCCUGACCUGUGGGGCCUUCUCUUUCAUCGAACGGAAAGAUGACGAGGAGGUGUACAAAGAUGGACGCAAGGCGAAAUACAAGGAGGGCGAAGAUCAAAGCAAAGACUGGAUUUGCUUACGGUCGAAAGCAAACGGGGAGCCGUGUGGGGAAAGAAAUUUCCCACGCAACGAGAAGUGCUUCCGGUGUGGAGGUUUGAGGCAGAACACUGCCCCUCUUGUUAGAGACUACAAGCCGAACAAAGUCGACGGGCGCAAAUUCUGA